GAGGAGCAGGGAGCCAGAGGAACUGAGCGCAAAGGAGAAACUUCAGGAGUUUACAAUGGGGUCCGGAACCGCGUCGUGCUGUUUGGAUCUGUUUGUUGUUUUGUCUCUGCUGCCCACAUGUACCCACGCCAGCCGGAUUAUCACAGACGCGCGGGAGCUCCAGAAGUCAACCAUCACCGGACUCGGAGUGAAGGAGCACUCAAGGAUUGUUGCACAGCACAAUAGACUGCGGAGCCGGGUCAAACCCAUGGCAGCAAACAUGCAAAAAAUGGUGUGGAAUGAGAAGUUGGCCUCACUGGCUAAGACGAGGGCAGCAACGUGUGAAAUAGACGCCCCUCCUCAAUACGCCUCGCCUUUCAGCCAUGUCGGGUGGAACACACACCUCUCUGCCGAUGGUGCCACCUCAUUUUCUGACGCCAUUCACUCUUGGUUUGAUGAAGGGAAAGACUUUCUCUACUUGAGUGGGCAAUGUAGGGAGAAUGCCACCUGUCAGCACUAUACACAGGUGGUUUGGGCCACUUCAAGUAACGUGGGCUGUGCCAGCCAUCUGUGUCUAGGCAAAGGAGAUAUAUCGCAGAUAUUUGUCUGUGCAUAUUACCCUGGGGGGAACUGGGAGGUCAAUGGUCGACUGGUGACGCCCUAUAAGACGGGUCUAUACUGCUCCCUCUGCACCUCCUCCAUGUCCGGCUGCUUUAGACUCUGGGACCACAUAGAUGGAUUAUGUGAAAUUCCAAGGAAUCCGUGUCGAAUGAGCUGUGGUCAACACGGACGUCUUAACACUUCCUCCUGCAAGUGCAUGUGUGACCCAAGCCACACCGGACGCCUCUGCCAGGUACAGUGCAGUGUGCAGUGUGUGCACGGUCACUUCAAAGAGGAAGAAUGCUCCUGCCUGUGUGAUGUUGGCUAUGGUGGUGCUGAGUGUGCAGAGAAGGUGCAGUUUCCCUUCCACUGCUGCGAUGUGAUGAUAGAUGGCAAUUGCUACGCGGUGUCUUCGGAUACUGACACCUACUAUGGAGCCAAGAGCCGCUGUCAGGACCGACGAGGUAGUCUAGUGCAGAUCCACAAUCAGAAAGUUCAGGACAUCCUGGCUUUUUACCUCAGCGAGCUCGAGUCCAGCAUCGAGGUCACCAACACUCUCUCUGAGACAAGAAACUUCUGGAUCGGUUUGACAUAUAAGCCUCUGAAAGACUCUUUUCGCUGGGAUACAGGAGAGAUGCUUACAUUCAGCAGCUUUGCCUUUGGGCAACCUGACAACCAAGGCUUUGGAAACUGUGUGGAGCUGCAGGCAUCAAGUGCUUUCAACUGGAACGACCAGCGAUGCAAAACGCAGAACCGAUACAUUUGCCUGCAUGCUGCAAAGCACAUUUCCCAGUGGGAGGACAGCAGUUGAAUUCUGAGAAGGGGGGAAACUAACUGUGCAGUACAUGUUACAUGUUACUUUUAGCGGGUAGUUUUAAAAGUUCAGUACACAUCUUGUUUUUCAAUCUUUGUACAAAGAUCUAUGCAGUUCAGUUCUUCUGUAUUUACUGUACAUG